UCCCAUUUUAAUAGCUACUUAACAAUUAGAAUAAAGAGAAAAUCAUAAGCAAAAAGUAGAGGGCAUAUAUAAAAAUGAUGGGAUUGAGGUUAAACAUUAUGGCAUUACUAUUACAUUUGUCGUUAAUGUUGGCAUCGACUGCAAAAGGUCAAUCCAUUUUUGAUAUCACUACGUAUGGUGCCAAACCUAAUACUGAUAUUACUCAGACUUUGGCAAAUGCAUGGAAGGAUGCAUGUACAUCAACCAAUCCAAGUAAGUUGUUGAUUCCAACAGGAGUUUACCAACUAAACCAAUCCAUUCUCCAUGGUCCUUGCAAUAGUUCUAUUGAGGUUCAGAUGGAAGGAACAUUACAAGCUCAUCCCGAUCCAAUAGGAGCUGGGUUGGUUCUUUUUCAAUAUAUCGAUCAAUUGACAGUAUCAGGCACGGGUGCUUUUGAUGGUCAAGGAAAAGGUUGUAAAAAGAAUGAUACGCACUUGAAUAAAAUAUGCAAUGAACUUCCCAUGAAUGUGAGGUUCAGUUCCAUAACCAAUUCAAUAGUGAAGGACAUAACUUCCUUGGAUAGCAAUUAUUUUCACAUCAAUCUUUUGAGUUGCAAGAAUGUUACUUUGCAAAAUGUGACAAUUAUUGCAUCAGAAAAUAGCCCCAACACCGAUGGAGUUCAUGUGAGCAGAUCAGAAGAGAUUAACAUUCUCAAUACACAAAUCUCAACAGGAGCUGAUUGUGUAUCUGUUGGAGGCACCAACAAGCAAAUAGUUAUUACUAAUGUAACUUGCGGACCAGGAGAUGGCAUCAGUAUAGGAAGUUUAGGCAAGUACACCAAGGAAAGAGAGGUGACAGGAGUUGCAGUGAAAUCAUGUAAAUUAAUCAAUACAUGGAAUGGUGUUAGAAUCAAGACGUGGCCAGAUUCUGCAUCUGCAUACACAGCCUCUGACUUGCAUUUUGAAGAUAUUGAAAUGGUUAAUGUUAGCAAUCCUAUCAUUAUUAACCAAGAAUAUUGUUCAUCUAAUCAAUGCAACAACAAGAUUCCAUCAAAAAUUAAGAUCCUCAAUGUUAGUUUCAAGAAUAUCAGAGGCACUUCUGCUACUUCGGUCGCUGUUAAAUUUAUUUGUAGCAAAGAUUUACCGUGUGAAGGUGUGGAAGUUGCUGAUAUUGACCUAGCUUACAAUGGAGUUGAAGGACAAACUACGUCUCAUUGUGUAAAUGUGAUUCCCAUCAUUACUGGAAAGCAAAAUCCUCGUGCGUGUGUCGAAGCUACUCCUAUUAAUCCUCCCUCAACGACGGACUGAUCUUUUCCCAAUGACAGAACAAAAGUUCCAAAAACAAAACCAUUUGAAGAGUUGGAUAUAUCUUUGUCUGAUCUCUCCUGAUCAAUUUUUCUUUAUUUUACUUUUCAAAAUUCUAUUUAUUCAUUCAAGCUGAAAUGCAUGCAAUGAUCAUGCAUAUGUGUACUAUACAUUAUUCUUUCAAUUAUUGUUAAUAUAAUCGAACAUUUUUAUCUCUAA